GUCAUUGACUUUAGUUCUACAGAGACUACAGAGUCUUCCGUUUCUGUAUUUUAACAAAAAUAAAAAGUCUGAGAUCUAACAUAAUUAGGUGUUACAAGUUUUCGUCACUAUAUUUGCAAAAAAUAAGAUUCAUGCUUAACAAAGUCAUUAAAAUUGGACUACAGUUGGACGUGUAGUGAAAUAUUAACUUUUUAUCAAAAAAGGAAAUUUCCAAUCAAGUUAACUGGUAAAGUCAGUGAUGUGUUAAUCUAAUCAGGCCAGGUAGUAUAAAGCAAGAAUGUCACGCCUUGAUAACAUUGAUGCACUUGAAAAACAAUUAGCUGACUUGCAAAUGACGAAUAAGGAAUUCAGUUCUAUUAGUAAGGGCAAAAAAAUCCCACCAGUUGUGCCGCCAAAAAAGAAAGCUCAACCACAAGUCCCUCGUAGUGCUAUCGUCAGCACCCUACGUGAGCCAUCAUUUUCUACGAAAAUAUCACCGGUACUGAACAACAAUACUGCUAUUCAAAAUCAAAGUCUCACCAAUGUGCAUUUGACAGCAGCCGAUUAUGCUAAUGUAAGCCAUUCGAAUGUGCCCGGUGUUUCCUUCAGUCAUAAUACGCCGAAAACAUAUAACACGACAUAUAGUAAUCUGCCACCUUACCGAAAUAAUAAUGACAGUCUACCACCGCCGCCACCUCCACCACCAUUACACAUUCCAGCAUCCAAAUCGUAUGACAACAAUCAAGGUGAAGAAUACUUGCCUCCUCCCUCUCCAGUCAGCUCAAACUACAGUGAAUUAGUUCGGGCUACAGCAAAUUUGAAUUAUAAUCAGGAAAGGCAAAACUAUCCGCCUAUUUACCAAAAUGAAUUUGCUGAAUAUGGUGCGUCACAAGGAUCAACUUAUGAGUACGCCAUAUAUGAACCUAUAAAUCCGCGUCCGCAGAGCAGUCUCUCGGGACAGAACACGUUCCAUAACUAUCGAAAUAAUGUAACAACUCCUGGAAAAUCUCCGCUUCCUAAAGAAGAGGAAGUAGACGCUCUAACAAACAUGUUAGUGCAGUCUAUAUCCGACAGCCAGGAUUUGGAUGUUUUUGGUAUAUGCGUAAAAUGCGACGGUAAAGUAGUCGGUGAGAGUUCAGGAUGCACAGCAAUGGGUAAUAUGUAUCAUGUUCAGUGUUUUAGUUGCUACCGUUGUAAUACAAAUCUGCAAGGAAAACCUUUUUAUGCCGUUGAAGGCCACCCUUUCUGCGAAACAGAUUAUUAUGAAACUCUGGAAAAAUGUUCCGUGUGUACUAAACCAAUCCUAGACAGGAUUUUAAGGGCAACAGGCAAGCCGUAUCACCCCACUUGCUUUACAUGCGUUGUAUGUGGGAAAAGUCUUGAUGGCAUUCCAUUUACUGUUGACGCAAUGAACCAAAUUCAUUGCAUUGAUGAUUUUCAUAAAAAAUUUGCCCCACGGUGUUGUGUAUGCGAACUACCAAUAAUGCCCGAAGAAGGUCAAGAGGAAACUGUGCGUGUUGUUGCACUUGAUCGCAGUUUUCAUGUUCGAUGCUACCGGUGUGAAGAUUGUGGGCUCUUACUGUCUUCAGAGGCCGAAGGACGUGGGUGCUAUCCACUUGACGAUCAUAUUCUUUGUAAAAAUUGCAAUGCUCACCGUAUACGCAUGCUUACGGUUCCAGUUAUGACGACCGACCUGUAAAGUGGGAGUGAAUCGUGAAUCAUUUUCAUUUGUCAUACUCAUACAAAAAAAAAUGAUAAUCUGCUUAAUUUAUUUCACACAUUAUUCAUGAAAUAAUGUAUAAGUUAUUUCAAAUUAGAUAAUAAUAAUGUAUACCGCUUAAAACAGUUUACUUUGACAGCUAGUUUAGUUACAUGUAUAAGUAUAUUACAUUAAUCUAUUUAUUUUUGUCUACAUUUGUUAUUUCCGGGCUAAUAGUUUGUUUAUAUAAGUAUAUUUUAGCUUACGGCUCACUUUUUGUAUCUCUAUUCCAAAAUGAAAAAAAAAUAUGGCAACUAUCGGGUUAUUACCACUACUUAUCACCAAGUUGUUACCAGUGGAUUUUUUUCACCGAAGUGUGGUUAGAGUUCAAUAUUAAUAAAUCAAUAAUUAAAUAAAAGUUAAAUUAAUUAUAAGUUAAUUAGUUAUUAGAUUAAUUAUAAGUCGAUUACUGUUUCAGUAAACUGCCUUAAAAAUGAUCAAAAAUAGUCUGUCUUUGACUGAUUUGUUUGUACGUUCGUAUAAUUUUGACGUUAUUUAUUGAAAGGGACCUUAUUAUCAAUGGCGCUUACGCCAUUAUCAACGAUGUUCCUAUAUACAUACAAAGCUGCGCUACGCAGUGCGCUGUAAGCGCCCUCGACAAAAGAUCCAGGUUUAAAGAUAACGUUACAAUUAAUUCAAUUUUCAAUUAAUAUAAUAAAUUUCAUCCAAACGUUAAUUUCUCUUUUACAAUUUAUUGUUUGUACUCGCACCGGGUUUAAUAUUUUUGACCACUUUUAAAGCAGUUUACUGAAACACUAAUCGACUUACAAUUAUAUAUUAAAGCACUGUAUAUACAGUAUAUACUACACUAUUUCUACUGUUUUGGUGGUAACUACUGGGAUUUAUUUUCCCAGUAGCUACCACUGGUAACAGCUAGGUGGCAACUAGUGGGAAUAACCCCAACUAUCUGACAAAAGAAUGUUAAGACUACUUAAUUGCUUGAUAUCAAAUUAAUGACCAUUUUAAUCUAAACUCGUGUCCUGGAAAUAUAUAUGCUCUUAAGAGUUUAUUAAAACAAAAUUGAAUUUAUAUACUUAACUGCACAUUAGGUCAAAUAGAGAUCAAGUGAGACAGUCCAUAUUAGAUUACGUUCUUAAGGUCAUGUAAGAUUAUUGGUAAUGGUUGUUUCAUCUAAUAGGUAUUAAGGACAUGUGAUAUUGGCUGCUAGUGUCAUCGAUUAAAAUAAUUAUUUAUUACUGUACUUUGUGUACUUUAAAGCGUUAUUAAAUAAUGCUAUCCAAAACAAAAUCUUCUUUUUAAUAAAUCUUGUAUAUUUCAUUUUA